UAGACCGUAUGCUGAACACCAAGCCACUUAUUUGAACUCCACUCUCUACUUAACCCUUUCUGUGUCUCUUGAACCCUUUUUCUGAACUUUUAUACAUAACGAAAUGGCAUCAACGGAAGGCAAAGUGUGUCAAUCGCUAGGCUGUGGACAACCUGCCAAGCUUCAAUGUCCCACCUGUAUUAAACUGAAAAUUGAAGGUUCAUUCUUCUGCUCACAAGAUUGCUUCAAGAAGAACUGGGGCUCACAUAAGGCUGUUCACAAGGCCAAAAUUGAGAGUGAACCACACAACCCUUUCCCCAACUACAAGUUCACGGGUCCCUUGCGCCCGGUAUACCCGCUUUCUCCAAAGCGUGAGGUUCCUGGUGAAAUUGCUAAGCCUGAUUAUGCUGUCACGGGUAUCCCUGUCUCUGAACAAAACGUACGAGCAAGCUCGACUAUCAAGUGCUUGAAUGAAAAGGAAAUCGAAGGCAUGCGAAAAGUAUGCAAGAUUGCACGCGAGGUGCUGGAUAUUGGUGCAGCAGCCAUUCGUCCGGGCAUUACCACUGAUGAAAUUGACCGCAUUGUUCAUGAAGCUACUAUCGAGCGUGGCGCAUACCCGUCCCCAUUGAACUACUACAAUUUCCCCAAAUCUGUCUGCACAUCUGUUAAUGAAGUUAUCUGCCACGGUAUUCCUGACAAGCGUCCACUCCAAGACGGUGAUAUUGUCAACAUUGAUGUCACUUGCUAUCUCGGUGGAUUCCAUGGCGACCUUAACGAAAGUUAUCUCGUUGGAAAUGUGGAUGAAAAGGGCCAGAAGCUGGUCAAGGUGGCUCGCGAAUGUUUGCAAAAGGCCAUUGAUGCUGUUAAGCCCGGCAUGAAAUAUCGUGAUUUUGGCAAGAUUAUUGAGACCCAUGCUACCGCAAAUGGACUCUCAGUUGUUCGUACCUUCUGUGGUCACGGUAUCAAUCAGCUGUUCCAUUGUGCUCCAAACGUACCUCACUAUGCCAACAACAAAGCAAUUGGUGUAUGCAAGCCUGGCCAUGUAUUUACCAUAGAGCCAAUGAUCAAUGAAGGAACAUGGAAGGAUGUGCUCUGGGACGAUCAAUGGACGGCAACCACUGCAGACGGCAAAAGAUCUGCUCAAUUUGAACACACCUUGCUCGUCACUGAAGACGGCGUAGAGAUCUUGACUUAAUUACUCGCUAAACAUUCAUUAAACUUCCACUUUGUAUAGAGACUAAUGUGUACAUGGGAUUUAUUACAUAAAAAAUUUGUAGAUAACAUCUAACAUGAGAUGAUCUGAAACUGUUCUUUUUGUGUGUGUGUUGUAUGCGGGUUAUCAGGUACAAGAAAUA